AUGGCGCCCAAGAAAAAGGGCAACAAGAAGGCCCAGGAUGAUUGGGAGGCCGAUUUGGGCGAGACCAUCCCCCCUGCCGACCCAGCCGCAUCGGAUGCUGUCAAUGCAGAUGCCAACGCCGACAACGGCGACGAUGAAGCUGCGGGUGGGGGCGGCGGCCUCAUGGCCAUGCUGCGAAAGAACAAGGACAAGCGCAACAAGAAAGGUCUCACCGAUGACGAUGUGCAUGGCUCGGAUGCAGCGCCCGCCCACCCAGCAAGUGCGCAGGAAGCUUCGAUGGAUACCGAGUUUGCCUUGCCUGACAAGAAAGGCAAAAACUUCAAGGGAAAACAGGCGCCCGGAAAAGAUAAGCCGGCGGACGAAGUGAACGACAGCGGCAAAAUUCUUACAAAGGCCGAGAAGGAAAAGCUGAAGAAGGAGCGCGAGAAGCAGCGCAAAAAGGAACAGGCCGCAAAGAAAAAGACGCCCACUGCUGCUGCCAAGGCCCCGGAGCCUUCUAAAACGACGACCUCUUCUGCCAAAGACACUGUCACGAACACUCCUGCUUCCGCAGAUGCCGCAGAUGCCGGAGGCAAGAAGAAGAAGGUGCCGGCACACCUUGCCAUGAUUCAGAAGCAACAGGAAGAGCUCCGUCGUCGAAGGGAUGAAGAGGAGCGACUCCUGGCUGCGGCCAAAGCUCGUGCCGAGGAAGAGGAACAGUUGGCCGAGGAAGAGAUAAAGCGCAGGGAAGAGCAAAGAGCUAUCAAGAAGCAAAAGGAGAAGGAACGGAUCGAACAGCUCAAGAAAGAGGGCAAAUUCCUCACCAAGGCACAAAAGGAGGAAAAAGCGCGCAAUGAGAGGAAGCUGCAGCAAAUGCUCGCCGCUGGUAUCAAGGUGGGCCCACAGGAAACAGCAGAUGGCGAGUCCAAGAAGAAGCCGGCAUACGACAGGAAGAAGAGAAGCAAGAUUGAGCAGAAGGCAAGUACCUUGGAGGCCGAUGAAGAGGCAGCCUUAAUUGAGGCAGCCGAGCGAGCUCACUCCGAAGCCGAAAAGGCCAUCAAGGCGGCGGAGGCGAAGGCCGCGCGGAAGAAGGCCGAGGCCGAGGCCAAGGAAGCGGCCGCGAAGAAAGCUGCCGAAUCCGACAUUGAUGAUGACUGGGAAGCAGCUGCUGAGGCUGAUGACGAUUCCGUCAAGGACACUUGGGAUGAUGACUCUGGUGACGAGGCGGCCAAGAGCACUGGGCAGCAGAAAAAGGGCAGCAAGGAAGCCGACGAUGACGACGACGACGAUGAGGAGGAGGACAGCGAAUCCGAAUCCGAAGACGAGGCGGUGUCUGCUGCGCGACAAGCCGAGGUGCAACGCAAAAAGGAGGCAGCCGCACGGAGAGAAAAGGCCCACCAAGCAGCGCUGGCUGCCCGCUCCAAGGACGAUCUUCGCUCUCCUAUUUGCUGCAUUCUGGGCCACGUCGAUACCGGCAAGACCAAACUCUUGGACAAGAUUCGUCAGACAAAUGUCCAAGAGGGCGAGGCGGGCGGCAUCACACAGCAGAUUGGUGCCACCUACUUCCCCGUCGAUGCUAUCCGCCAGAAGACGGCUGUUGUGAACAAGGACAACAAAUUCGACUUCAAAGUCCCCGGUCUUCUGAUUAUCGACACACCUGGUCACGAGUCCUUCUCUAACCUGCGAUCCCGAGGUUCAUCCCUAUGCAACAUCGCCAUCUUGGUUGUCGACAUCAUGCACGGCCUGGAACCUCAGACUCUGGAGUCGAUGCGGCUGUUGCGCGACCGAAAGACGCCAUUUAUCGUUGCCUUGAACAAGAUUGACAGACUCUACGGCUGGAAAAAGGUAGACAACAACGGCUUCCAGGACAGCCUGGCCCUCCAAAGCAAGGCGGUUCGCAACGAAUUCGAGAAUCGUCUGGAGCAGACUAAGCUGGCUUUUGCCGAGCAGGGAUUCAACGCCGAGCUUUUCUACGAAAACAAGUCCAUGGCCAAAUACGUCUCAUUGGUGCCUACGUCGGCCCACACUGGCGAGGGUGUGCCCGACAUGUUGAAGCUGAUCGUCCAACUCACGCAGGAGCGCAUGGUUGGUUCUCUGAUGUAUCUGUCAGAAGUGCAAGCCACCGUCCUCGAAGUGAAGGCCAUCGAGGGCUUUGGAAUGACCAUUGACGUCAUUCUGUCCAACGGUAUCUUGCGAGAAGGCGACAGGAUAGUGUUGUGUGGUACUGAAGGAGCCAUCACGACCAACAUCAGAGCUUUACUCACACCCGCCCCAAUGCGCGAACUGCGUCUCAAGUCGGCAUACGUACACAACAAGGAGGUCAAGGCCGCGUUGGGAGUCAAGAUUAGUGCGCCGGGUCUUGAGGGUGCCAUCGCUGGUUCGCGACUGAUGGUCGUUGGACCCGACGAUGACGAAGAGGAUAUCGAGGAUGAGGUAUUGUCCGACCUGUCCAACCUGCUCAGCAGAGUCGAAAAGUCCGGUCGCGGCGUCACCGUUCAGGCAUCUACAUUGGGCUCCUUGGAAGCCUUGCUCGACUUCCUCAAAGACUGCAAGAUCCCCGUUGCGAACGUCGGGAUUGGUCCGGUCUACAAAAGAGACGUGAUGCAGUGUGGCAUCAUGUUGGAAAAGGCUCCAGACUUUGCGGUGAUGCUCUGCUUCGACGUCAAGGUCGACAAGGAGGCGCAGCAGUAUGCUGCCGACCAGGGCAUCAAGAUUUUCACUGCUGACAUCAUUUACCAUCUCUUCGAUUCGUUCACGAAGCACAUGGAGGAGAUGCUGGAGAGGAAAAAGGAAGAAUCCAAGAUGUUGGCCGUCUUCCCGUGCGUCUUGAAGCCCAUUGCCGUUUUCAACAAGACGAGCCCUAUCGUCAUCGGAGUGGAUGUCGUGGAAGGGCAGCUUAAGCUGAACACGCCCAUUGCGGCUGUCAAAUCCAACCCGGUGACGAAUGCCAAAGAAAUCAUCAGCCUUGGCAGGGUGACGUCGAUUGAGAGAGAGCACAAACAGAUCCCUGUCUGCAAGAAGGGCCAGCCGUCGGUUGCCGUCAAGAUCGAGAUGGGAGGCCAUCAACCACUGUAUGGUCGGCAGCUAGAAGAGGCCGAUACUCUCUACAGCCUCGUCUCCCGAGCUAGCAUUGACUGUCUCAAGGAGUUUUAUCGCAAAGAAGUUAGCAACGAUGAGUGGCAGUUGAUCAUCAAGCUGAAGCCACUCUUUGAUAUUAACUAG